CAGAACGUGAGGGGGAAACGGCUGAGAACUGUCUUUAUGGAGCAUAAGCUAGGGAGACAGCUGCCUCUUAUCGUUCUGAUUCAUGGAAUGGGCGCGCAGCUAGGGCAAUGGAGCGAGCAGAUCAAGCAUUUUGCGACCAACGCGAAUGUUCUGGCGUUUGAUAUCGUUGGACACGGACAGGUCAGGAUUUUGCAGUUGAGCGACGCCUAUACCACCUCGGCCAUCGUAGAGGACAUCUGCGCGCUGCUGAGCCUUUACAAACCCAAAGCGGAUUCGUUCAUCCUGAUAGGUCACUCAUACGGCUGCAAUCUCAUAACCUUCUUAUACCCCCACCUGCAAGAUCUCAUCAAAGCCAUCAUCUUCCUAUGCCCGAAAUCCACGCCAACGCCGCACGAAGUGGAGAAGCUACGGCAGUUUGUGAAGACGCCUACAGUUUUGGUGGAUAUACUGCGGUAUCUGGAUCGUAGAGGAGGCAUUUACUCGCCGUCGGUAAAUCGGUUGGUGGGGAAGGAGGCGUCGCCGGCGCUUAGAGAACGGCAGAUUCAGUGGAAUGCGGCGCAUUCGACGCGCGUGGCGAAGUGGAUAUUCAAAGGCGCGCAUUUUGCAGAACCCGAUCAGUAUGCAGCAAUUCGGUGUCCGGUCUUACUGAUUGGAGCGGCCGAGGACCUUGUAUGCCCAGUCACAACGAAUCUGGAAGUUGUCCAUGCGUGGCUAUCAAAGACGUCCGACACGGUGUCGGAACCGUUCAUCAUCCCAAAUGCUGGCCACCAGGUUAUGCUAGAACACCCGGACGUUGUGAAUGCUAUAAUGUACAACUGGUUGAUAGAAACGGGGUUUACGAAGAUGGAUCUGAGCUACCAACUGCAGUUGAAGAAGUCCGCUCAAUCGAAGUGGAGUCUCAAAAAUUAUGAGAAGUGGAAAAAAGUGGCGCCUGUUUCAGCGGUGCCAGUGAAAACAACGCUCUUCCGGCCUAUGAAGACAAUGCAACAGGACGACCCGGAACAUACCCCGCGUGUAUUUGCCAAGGAGCAUCCUGAAAUAGGGCUGGUCAUUGACAUAUCCCGCGAAGCCCCACCAUACGCCGCCGAAUCCUUCAACAACACCACCUGCGUCUACCAAAAGCUUGCCACAACAUCCAAAAUCCCACCAACGCGCGACGAAGUGAAACGGUUCUGCGAGGUCGCGCGCGAGUUUUGGAGAAAGAAUCCGGACACGCAUAUCGGGGUGCAUUGCCAUUAUGGGUUCAACCGCACGGGCUUCAUGGUGUGCUCGUACCUCAUUGAGCAGAAUGGAUGCACGGUUGCCCAGGCGUUGGCGAACUUUGCGGAAGCGAGGCCGCCUGGGAUACGGCAUAUUCACUUCAAGGACGAGUUGUACAUGCGCUACACGGCAGGCGUGAUGCGGUCGCCCAAUAGGCAAGCCAAAGGUGCAUAA